AUGAUGGCAACAAACCGCAUGGGGACAUCCCCACACGAGAUCUACGACGACCACCCAUCACUAUCAGCAUCGCUAGAGGACUUUGAACACAACGAUCGAUCACCGGUCUUCGGUCUACCGUCGCAACACUCAGGGUUCAAAUCUGAAGAGUCAGAGUCAGAGUCAGAAGAAGCUGUAUCCGAGGAACCAUGGUCACCGCCCGCAUGGAGACAGCAGAAUGCUGCUGGAGGCUGGUAUCGACAUCAACCCUAUCCACAAGACAAGAACCUCUUGAAAGCCUCUGCGAGUGCGUCGCGCUCGAGAGGUACCAGCCCGCAGUAUGAGAGUGCUCAGGAAGAGGAGGGAGAUAUUACAGUGCCUGCAAACAUACCACUGCCACGAGGCUCAAUGUCCCCAGUGAAGGAACGGUCGCCAAGCCCCUCCCCAUAUCCUGAGGAGGGGCAGGAAUUUGCUCAGAAAUUUGAAGAGACGGAAGAGGCAGUAGCUGCGCCGGAAAAUACAAACAAUUAUUUCCGAUUUGCUCUACGCGCAGAAGUACAACAGCGGACAGAGCCAAUUGAAGCUGCUCUAUCAUGGAUACGCACAUAUCUUACUCACGUCUCUAAAUCAUGGACCUCCCUCUCAUCCACCCUCCUGAUGCUAGCCCUUGCCUACAGCUUGCUUCGCCUUGUUACCCACACGCCAACGCAACCCCCAGUCCCCGACCUUGUCAAAGUUGCUGGUUUAGCCCGCUCUUUCGAACCCCUUAUCUUCUACUCGGAAAAUGGCGUCCGCCAAAUCGGCGACUUGCAAGAGACUGGCGUCGCGGUCUGGGACCUGGGAGAAUCGGUCCGCUACGCAAAUAUGACAUCCGCGCCCCUUAUAGUCUCCGAGCUCGACUCCCUCAGCGAGUCUCUUAAGACCCUUGCCAUUGAAUUAACCAAAUUCUUCGCAAAUGUAGACGGCGACAUCGACGGCAUACUAAUCGUCAUGGACUGGGCCAAACGCGAACUAUCAGCCCUCUCUUCCACCCCAUCUGGCUCCCUCAGCUCCGCUUUUACAAACAUCCACACUCUCCUCUCCCACGUCGGUGUCUUACAAAAUCCCUCCACUGGCCUUCCCACCCCGUUUGGCAAGCUAUUCACCACCGUCUUCGGCGCCACGAAUGAGCAACGUACAUCCCAAACGCUGCACCGCACCUUCAACGAGUUCUUAAACGUGCUCGAAGAAAGCAUCAAUGCCGAACUCACAUACUCGACCACCCUCUUCGCCCUCUUUGAGAACAUAGACCGCCAAUUCCUGAACCUGCAGCGCACCGUCAUCCGCGAAAGCGACACCCAAGAGCGUCUCGAGACCGAAUUUCUUAGCUCCCUAUGGACUCGCAUCGUGGGUCCCAAUCACACGCUACUACGCAAGUACGAGAAGAACAGACAACUCCUCGCCUCUGUCCGUCUGAAGACCACACAGAAUAAAUCCCUACUUGUCGAGCAUAACGGGAAGCUCGUGGCGCUGAAAGGCAAUCUUGAGACCUUGAGGAGGAAAUUGGUCAGUCCGCUUGUGAGGAGAGGCGACAGCAGCACGAUUGGUGUUCAAGAGCAGGUUCGGGGCUUGGAAGGGACGUACGAGCAUUUGAGGCGCGUGAGGGAGAACCAGAAGGGACGGGUGCUGGAGGUGCUUUAUGGAGCUGGAUCGAGGAGAAGUACGAUUGGUCGAGAGGGCGGGGUGGGGCAGAUUGAAGCGAUGUAG